CCUUCCCAACCAAGCUUCUCUCAUUAAUAUUCAAGUAUUUCCGCUUGACCCUAGUAAUAUCAACCUUAACUACUAGCCGAAUAUAAGCGAGCAUCACGAAAAGGAACACUGAUUACGACACAAGCAGUCCUGCCUGUUCUCGAAGACUUGAGAGGCACAACUUGAAAUUACCUAGAUUAGAACAUAAGCGUAGCAGUAAGACGAGAUGAAUUCACGCUCAUCCAAGAAACACGAAUUGAUUCCCAACAAGUCGCCCAAGCCUAGGUCCAGACCUUCGACAGACGACUGGACCGAAGUUACGGAGCCCGAGGAGCGGAGGCGCAUUCAAAAUCGACUAGCUCAGCGAAAGUUCCGAGAGAAAGCCAGAGAGCAGAAAGAAAAGGCAGAACGGGAGUCGCGCGACUUAGAAAACGCAGCCAGCAGCUAUCGCCUCCCUUCGUCGGACGAAAUCGCAGCAGACGACGGCAUGGACCUCUCAGGCCUGCCUUGGGGGAGCCUCAGUAUGACGCAUGUUCUAGCGAGGGGCUACGAGACGGAGAGCAGACGUAGCGGAGGCAGCGGCGACGGGGACGGCGAAGGCGAUAAUAACAACUAUACCAACGACACGAGGCAAGACGACGCGGCGCAGUACUACGCGGUGUCGAGCCCGUACCAACAAUAUCAGACGGUUAACUACGAGAGCAGGACAAAUAGCAGCGGAGGCGACGAUUUCGCAUAUCAAGAUCUGCCGCCGUAUUACUACGACUUCGAUCCAAAUAGCGGAUAUAGUCACCAACACCAUCAUCACCGGACUUAGGCACGGAGGCGAGAAAGGGGUGUGACACAAGGGGGGCUGAGAAUAGGCUGCCAACCCCCCCUUCUCUGUCUUGCUAUUUGCUCUGCCUCGGCGGCGGAGAUCUUGGACGGAU